AGAGGGAUAAAAAGCUCCUCAAAGGUUUGGAAGGUUGGAUGUGAUCAGCAUGAAGAGCUUAAAAGCAAAGUUCAGGAAAAGUGACGUGCAUACCUCUUUUCUUUCAUCUUUGCUUCUUUGCUGUGUGUGGUGGCAGCCUCUUAAGAAUCUUAUAAACUUGGGUAACCUGUCUGCUUAUCCAGAGACUGAAACAGUGCCCUUUGAAGUCAGAAGAAAGACUUCAGUCUGCUUGCCUGAGCUUUGAAUCAAGAACCAAAACCAAAAUGUGCUGGCUCCAUGGAAGCAUAUGGUGGGGCUGCAGUGAGGCAUGGAUUUCCCCUGAGUCUAGCAUAGAAAUACAGACCAAUGAGUGGAAUAAGAACGAUGAUCGGCUGCUGCAGGCGGUGGAGAAUGGUGAUCCUGAGAAAGUGGCUUCAUUGCUGGGUAAAAAGGGAGCCAGUGCCACCAAACAAGAUAGUGAGGGCAAAACUGCUUUUCACCUGGCAGCCACGAAGGGGCAUGCAGAGUGCCUCAGGAUCAUGGUGACACAUGGUGCAGAUGUGACAGCCCAAGAUGGUGCAGGGCACAGUGCUUUACAUCUUGCAGCAAAGAACAGCCACCCUGAUUGCAUUAAGAGAUUACUUCAGAGUAAAUGUCCAGCAGACAGCACUGACAAUUCUGGGAAAACAGCUUUACAUUAUGCAGCUGCAUGUGGUUGUCUUCAGGCAGUUCAACUUCUGUGUGAACACAAAUGUCCAAUUAACGUCAAAGAUUUGGAUGGAAACAUACCUCUGCUGCUUGCAAUACAAAAUGGUCAUACGGAAGUCUGCAAAUACCUUCUGGAUCAUGGAGCAGACAUCAACACCAGGGAUAAAAAUGGAAGAACUGCUUUGAUGAUGGCUUGUGAAGCUGGUAGCCUUAACAUCGUGGAAGCCUUCCUUCAGAAAGGUGCAGAUGUCAGUUUAGUAGAUGUCUUUGGACAGAAUGCCCUGCAUUACUCCAAGCUCUCUGAGAAUACAGGGAUCCAGAAUCUCCUAUCAUCAAAGUUAUCUCAGGAUGUGGAUACAAAGUCACCAACAAAAGCAAAGCAGCAUGAUCAAGGCUCUAAAUUAAGUUCAGAAAGAAGUGGAACUCCAAAAAAACGCAAAGCCCCACCUCCUCCUAUCAGUCCUAUUCAGCUUAGUGAUUUGUCCUCUCCACAUUCAUCAACUUCAGCUCCCAUGACUGGAAAAGGGCAGGCUUUCUUUGCUGAUCAAGUGUGCAAGCAGGAAGAAUUCAGCUCGUUGCAUCGAGAUAAUAAAGACAGACUGAGUGACAGCACAGCAGGUGCUGAGAGUUUAUUGGAUGUGAGUUCUGAAGCUGACCAGCAAGAUCUACUUCUGUUGAUGCAAGCAAAAAUUGCUUCUUUGACAUUGCACAAUAAGGAGCUGCAGGACAAAUUACAGGAAAGAACACCUAAAGAAGCGGAUUCAACUGUAGAAUCUUAUCAUUCAACCCAAACAGAGUUUGAGCAAACAGCAGAUAGACAAAAUGAGUUCUCGGCUCACGAGCUGAAGUCUACAUUAAAUGCCACCCAAAUUCAAGAAAAGUUGACAAGCCUCAGUGAAGUAAAAAUGAAGUACCUCCAGGAAGAUUUAAAGGAUGUGCAGAGGAAAUUAGAGAAUUCUGAAGCCAAAAGAAAGCACACAGAAGCUCAGGUCCAGCCUAGAGUCCCAGAAACAGAUCAUUUAAACAGCACAGACAUUUCAGAAAAUGGUUCUGAUUUUAACCUGAAGUUCCAAGAACCUCAAAACAGGUAUGAGGAAGCUGUGAAAGAGGUUUUGAAUGUACAAAGGCAAAUGAAGCUGGGUCUUGUUUCCUCUGAAAGUGAAGAAACUAGUUCUGAGCUGAGUAGGUUGAAGGUUACAUGUGGAGAAGUUGAAAUGCUUAAGCACGAAUUGAAGAGAGCAUUAGAGGAAAGUGAAAGACAAAAAGAGAAAGUAAGAGAGCUACAGGAAAAGUUUGAAGAAAGAGAGCAGAAUGUGGCAAGCAAAUUGUCUGUGGAAGAGUGUGAGGAAAUUAAGAAUUCAUACUGUUCAGUUAUUGAUAACAUUAAUCAAGAGAAAGCAUUGUUGAUCGAGAGGUACAAAGAAGGCCAAGAGGAAAUUAAAAGGCUACAGGACAAGCUGACAAGUCAGACACACUUGGAAUCCAGUGCUGAAGCUGGAGAAGUGAAAGAUGCAAUGCACAAAAUGAUAGAUGAGCUCAACAGACAACUUAGUGAAUUGUCUCAGUCGUACAAAGCAGCACAAACAGAGCUUGAAAACUAUAGGAAGAGAAAAACUCUAGAUGAUAUAACUUUGGACUACAUUCCUAGAGAUGAACAUGAGAAGCUGAUGCAGGUAACAAAUUCUUUGAAAUACAAAGCAGAGAAUGAGUUAUCAGAAAUGAAAUCCCAGUACACAAAAGUAUUAGAUGAAGCAGAAGAACUAAAGCAACUGUUAGACGCUCAGAAACAAAACUCUUUGCCGAUUACUGAACAUCAUCAGGUGAUGAAUGCACUCAGAAAUACUGUAAAGGAAAUGGAGGAAGAAAUAAAUGAACUCAAAGGACUGCUUACCAACAAGGAAAGCGAAGUAAGAAACUUACAGAAGGAAUUACUGGAAGAAAAAGCUGCAAUUAAUGAAGCAAUGGUACCCAAGGCUACAUAUGAAAAGCUCCAGUCAUCACUAGAGGGUGAAGUUAGUGUUUUGUCAUCCAAACUGAAGGAUGUAAUCCAAGAGAAGGAAAAUGUGUCCUUAGAUGCUAUGCAACUGAGAAAUGAAGUUUUGCACUUGAAAGAAGAGAAGGAAGGUAUGCAUACUCUGCUUGAAGCAAAGGAACGGGAGGUGACUGGUCUUCAGCAAAAGUACCAUCAAGCUCAAGAAGAUCUUCUUGAAAUGAAAAGAUAUUCUGAAAGCUCAUCAAAACUGGAAGAGGAUAAAGAUAAAAAGAUCAAUGAAAUGUCCAAGGAAGUUAGCAAAUUAAAAGAAGCAUUGAACAGCCUUUCUCAGCUUUCGUACUCCACCAGUGCCCCCAAAAGACAAAGCCAGCAGCUGGAGGCGUUACAACAACAAGUGAAGCAGUUGCAAAACCAACUGACUGAAACAAAGAAACAACAUCAGGAUAUUGUCUCAGUUUACAGGAUGCAUCUUCUCUAUGCUGUGCAGGGUCAAAUGGAUGAAGAUGUCCAGAAAGUGCUUAAACAAAUUUUAUCAAUGUGUAAAAGCCAAUCACAGAAAAAGUAAACAAAAACGCCAAAACUCCCCAUUUUUAUUAAUCCUGUUAUGGGUGUUUAUCUAGAUUUGCCUUAACAUAAGAUUUAAAACUGGGAAUUUGCUGCUUUUUUGUUAUUGUGCUGUUUGUGAGGUGGAUUUGUCUGUCUCUACCACUUCCCAUGUGCAUUUGCGUGUGCAGUAACUAAACACAUGCCUCCUUUUCCUAUCCAAAAUGCAAGUAUGUUCUUCAGACUUUUUACUUAGGCCACUCCAUGUCAUGUUUAUCCUGAAAGUACUUUCUAGCUUCCUCCAGUAGAGGGAAGUUAAUCUAGAGCAAAGCAGUGGUGUUGCCUGGGUAAAGGUGAAAUUCUCCAUAAGGUCUUCUGUACUGUUUAUAAGCUGCAUCUUGUUACUGGGGAGUAACUUAGUUGCUUGAUGUUGUCACACUCAAAUUCCUGACAUUUUGCCAUAUGCAGUCUUUGGCAGAGCAGAAACGAGCCUUGCAGCAGUGAGCAGAAGUAGGUAUUUAUGCUAAGCCGGAAUAUCAAACAGCUACACUUAUGGUGUGUUAAAUAAUAUUACACUAAGAAGGUAGCUGUCCCAACCCAUCCAGUGCACUGAGUACACAAAAAUCAUACCAUGCUUCAUAGUUUGCUUGAACUGCCUGGCAGUGGAAUGAAACUAUUUCAAAAGAUAAAAUCAUUAGUUUACUGAAGUUCUGUACAAAUCAGUACAGAAACGUCUGUAUAAACAACCCUUUAUGAUAGGUUUAGCUAUCUAUGCAAGUGUUGGCCAUGAAGCUCAGGAACAAAACCAUAACAUAUACUUUAGACAAGGGAUUCUAGUGAACACAGGAUGUUUACAGUGAAUGUCAAUGCCUCAUACUUCCUAACCUCACUUUUGUAAAGAUCUUCUCUUCACUAUAUUUUUAUUGGCCCUCUAAUGAAAUUUUUUGUAACUAAACCAUUUUUUCUACAUAAUGUUUGCAUUAAGCUUAUUAACAAAUAUUUUUAGGUAAUCAUGUUUUAGAGAGUUUGUUUUUAUACCCCCAAGUACUCAGUAAUAGUGAAGCAUAGUUUUCAGUUUGUAAAAGAUCUGUAUGGAAUAUUAGACCUGUCUGUCAGUGUGGUCCAGAGCAGUGAAGUGUAAAAUGCAAUUCAGCCUGCUGUUUCAAAAAAUGUAGAAAUGAUAGGUAGAGAACAGCAAAAGGUGUCAAAAAUUUCUAUAUGUUGUUUCUAGAGGCUAAGUGCAUCAGUAAAGCCUUUAUCAGCACUUUUUUUAAAAAAGUCAAAUAAAAAUGCUGGAUGUGGUAUAGUAUGAAACUACGGAAAAAUGUUUCUAAGCACACACUGCAUUUGAGGGUACAACCAUUCUAACUAGCGUGCAGCUUCACUAUGGUAUUUUUGUUAUUCCUGUUAGUGGAUAUGUCUCUAAUAGAGAAAUCUUCCAGAGCUAUAUAAUCUAUGAAGUUUAUGUAGAGUCAUAAUAUGACAAGAGUCAGCAGUGCCUCAGACUGACUGGACUCAUAGUGCACUUACAUCAGACAAUUCCUAACCCUGGCAAAACUAAAAUGGAUUUUAAAGGCGAAAAGACAAAUCACACCUUUGCAUCAGUUAGACCUUGGUGUUACUUUUCUUGGGUGAUUUAACUAAUGCCUGCUAAUUUUGAACAGUAUUUUAUAGUUAGAUGGUUUUGAAAAUGCUCCAAAGAAAUGUGAAAAGAAUUUUGCUGCAGCACUUCAAAAUGAACAACAAGAUUUUAAGCAUGCUGGUGCUGCAAAGUAUAAAACUUGAUGAACCAUUUUGUAGGUUGCCUGAUGGAUUUAGUCUUCUACUUUGUUUUGGUUUGUAUAUUUAUUACAAUUAUCUUUGUGGAAUAUUGAAAAUUAUAUACUACAGCAUAGUAAGUUUCUUUAUAUGUAAUUUACAAGAAGUUUCCUUAUGCAGCAAAUAAACUAUUUCCAAUUUUUUCA